CGGAGCGCGGUCGCCCCUAGAGCCGCGGCAGCUGUCACCUGGGCGCACCCCCCGGCGACUGCUGAGCGCCGAACGCGGGUGCUUCUCGGCUCGAAUUGCAGAGCGUGUCCCCGCGAGCCGCUGCGAAGCCUGCUGCCCCCUGCUGGGCACGGGGCGAAGUGCCGAGCGCGGGACCGACCUGGCCUGGAGAAGCAGGUGGCGAGCUCGAGGGGACGCAGCCGCAGCGGGAGGUUGCAGGGCAGUAGGGCUGCGUGCUUUCAGCGCACUCACAUUCUGAGUAGUUCCCGGCGCUGUGCUAAACAACUUGAAACAGACAAGUUCUCAACCAAAAGCGACCUAUUUUAUUUUUGAAAUGGCAAGCAGUCUUUUGAAGUCAUCUUCCAUGACUGUAAAGACAAAAUUACUACAUCAAACAGGAUUGUCACUUUAUAGUACAGCUCAUGGCUUCUAUGAGGAAGAGUUUAAAAAAAAACUUCUGCAGUUUCCUGGAGGGUCUGUUGACCUUCUGAAGAAAGACAACGGCAUUGGCAUUCUUACUCUGAACAACCCAAGUAAAAUGAAUGCCUUCUCAGGUGUUAUGAUGCUACAACUUUUGGAAAAAGUGACUGAAUUAGAAAAUUGGACAGAGGGAAAAGGUCUCAUUGUCCAUGGAGCAAACAAUACUUUCUCCUCAGGAUCUGAUCUAAAGGCUGUGAAAGAAUUAGGAACUCCAGAGGAUGGAAUGGCCUUAUGUAUGUUCAUGCAAAACGUCUUAACAAGACUUAUGAGACUUCCUUUAAUAAGUGUUGCACUGGUUCAAGGUUGGGCAUUGGGUGGAGGAGCAGAAUUUACAACAGCAUGUGAUUUCAGAUUAAUGACUAAAGAGAGUGAAAUCAGGUUUGUCCACAAGGAGAUGGGUUUAAUACCAAGCUGGGGUGGUGCUACCAGGUUGGUUGAAAUAAUCGGCAGUAGACAAGCUCUCAAAGUGUUAAGUGGAACUCUCAAGUUGGAUUCAAAAAAAGCCUUGAGCAUAGGAAUGGUUGAAGAGGUGUUGCAGUCUUCAGAUGAAAAUGACUCUCUACAAGAGGCACAAGAAUGGCUAACGCAGUUUAUCACAGGGCCACCGGAAGUAGUUAGAGCUUUGAAAAAAUCAGUUUCUUCAGCAAAAGAGCUUUGUUUCGAAGAGGCAUUACGAGUUGAAAAAGAUCUUAUGGGAACAGUUUGGGCUGGACCCGCAAAUUUAGAGGCUAUUGCUAGGAAAGGAAAAUUUAAAUAGUUUUUCAAAAAUAUUAUGUGCUUUAAGUAAAACUCUAAAUUUUAAAACAUAAAAGUUAAAUGAUCUUAAACAUGAGCAUCAGCAUUACCCUGAAGGCUGCUACUAGUAUUUGGUUUUAUGUAAUUUCUGGAAUAUCUGAACUCAUUGGCUUAGUUUUCAGUAUAUUUGGGUCUCCACCAAGUAACUUAUAACAAUUGGUUAAAAUAUACUUUGACUUAAAAAUUAUAAAUUCCCAGGUUCCCAUAAUAGUUUUAGUCUUUAACAAAGAUCAGUUUUAAAAGGAAAAGUUCCUACACAAAACCCAUUCCUGGUAUUAUUAUUCACGUCUUUGUACCGUAUUACUUGGAAAUAACUUAAGAAAAUAACAAUAAACCUUGCAGUUAGUGAAAAAAUUUGGAGCGGUCAGAGAAUAAGAUAAUAGAAAGUAUGAUGAACCACUUUCCUCUGUUCCAAGAGGCUGAAAUAUAUGAGCCAUGGGGAAAGGUCCUCCACCUAAAAAAUUUGGAGCCUUAUUUGAUGUGUUUAACAGUUUUCUAUUUUAAAUUAUAUACUAAGCAAUGGUAACUAUCAUACGGAACCUCUACAGUCUCUAUAAAGUUGACCAUUCAUUUGUGUGUCCUGGUGUUUUCAAACUAGUUAAGUCCUGCUGUUUAUGUAGUAAAAUUUAAUUUUACAUCGAAACUGCCUGUCUUCAGAGCAAUUCAUGAAGCAUCUUUAUAUAUUUGCAUUUUAUAAUAGGUUUCUUUUUUGUGUGUGAAAACUAGUUUUCUUUUAUCUUAAAAAGUAAAUUUUAUAAAAUUACAUAACUUAAACUUUUAUGUGAUACAGAUUUUACCAAAGAAUUAAGUCCUAAUUCUAAUAUCCACAGAAGUUAAUUUCGAAGUAGUUUUUGCUAUAACAUUGAAAUCAUAUUACAUUUGAAAUGUCAAAUUUGAAAUCAUAUUACAAAUAACUUGCAUGUGCUUUAUCAACAUUGUCUUAAUUGUUUUGAGUUUGAAAAUACAGUAAGACAAACUCACAUUAUUUUUGUUUGGAACAAAUUUCUAGAUUACCUAGUUAACCUUAUAUAUCCUACCUUGCCAGAUUCUAUAUUUUCUAUAGAGUGAGUUUGUGUCUACUAAUGUGUUUAUAAACAGGCCUACCAUGUAAUUCAGAAUUGUGUUAGAACACUGGUAAUGAAGACAGGCAAGGAAAAUCUAAAAUAUAUAAUUGCCUUACAACCGGCUUUAUGUUUAUUGCUGUACAUGUUUAUUCCAUGCACACUGCCUUUGGAUUCUGCUUAUUCUAAGUCAAACUCCUGAGCAGGUGACUACUGGAGCUGAACCACCAAUUCAAACUAUCACCUUUUUAGUGACUUUUGGCUACUAAUGUCAAAAUGUCUCCAUCCCCUUUUCAGACUCAAACAAAAGGCAAAUUAUUUUUGAUAAACUCUAGUGUUUAUUAAAUUAUAAAUUCUGUAAUCAAAAAGAAAAAUGCGGAUCAAGAGAAACCUCAAUCUACAACGACUAGACAGCAAAGCCUGUGGGAACACCAUGAAGUGUAUUACAGACAAGAUUCUGAAACUUAAAUUACUAGCUGUUUUCUUUACAUUUCCAUGUCAGUAACUGUACUAUUAAAGUUGUUAUUCAUCUAUUUUAAAAUCUCCCAAUUCAUAUCUAUUCUCACAUAAUUAAGCUUCCUGUUCAUACUGAUACCAGACAUCUCAGAGGUGCCAAAUUUUAGUAAUGGUUUUGUCAAUCCAUGCAGAAAAAUAAGAUACAAUGCAAGAGUCAGAUGAGGACUGUGAUGCACACAUAAUACACACACACUGGCUAAAAGAACUGAAGAAAGUUUUUAAAACUAUGAAAUAAACCUCAAGAAAACUGGGUUAUUACUAACAGCUCUCAACUAUUAACACCCAAGUUCCUUACAUUAAAUAAAUUUCUCAACAGAGAUAUGUUAGACUUUUAAUUACAGACCUAUCCUUCCCAUACCCCUUCCCACCCCAACUCCCAAAAUGCACUACGAGGGAUGAGUAUAAUGUUACAACGGGCAGAAAUUUACAGAUAACCACUUAACC